CGCGCAUGUACUGUUCUCUGGCAUACGUGAUGUGAGCGAGGUUUUGAGGUCCCCUGUAGUGCUGGGCGGCGUGUAGAACUCCAGCGCCAUUCACAGCGUACGCUGCUUGCUAUAAAGGACUGGCAGAAGCUGUUAGCCCAAGCAGACACAAUCGACGAGUGCUACUGUAAAGAGUCGCCGGGAGAGCGAUCUCGUGCAAGCCGACUUAACGUAUCGUUAACCAGUGCUAGGCUGCUUUGACGGCUAGUAGGAUUAAUGAUACCUCAACCGAGGCGAAUUUAAAGAGAGAGACACUCUGCCGGAGCUCCACUAGUGUAUUAAGUGAUUGUGCAGUUAGUGAGCAGAACGCGGAAAUACUGUCGCUUAACCCGGCUAGCGUUUCAGUCGCUGGGUCCGGCGUUCUUGUACCAGUGCUUAUUUACUAGGCUGAAAGCAUACCGAGGACAGCUGGACACGCCUUACUUAGAUGUCCAUCUUGCCCAGGUGGACAGUUAGGCCCUAAUCUUUAACACGUAUCCUGUUAAAAAGUAGGCGGACAAGUGAUUUAGUACAAGAAGUACGUCGAAGUGGACACGGUGACCAGGGGAGGUGGUCAGUCCAGUCGUACCUUCCUUAAUUAAGGUGACCAACGCGCGACAUGGUCUGGACGCUCUAGGGACCGUAUCCAGAAAGCACGUAACCAGAAGACGUCAACGAGUCCACAGAGACGCUAGUGUUAACAGCCAGUCGCCGGGGCACAGGGAAAGGGCACACUAACGCUGGACUUCAAACUAUAAAAAAGUCUAUGAGAAUGAGGAUACCAGAUUCCCGAUGUGUGCCCCUGCUAACUGUGUCUAUAUUGUUUUUUGUGGCAGCCACUCAGGGGUUCACUAUACGGCGUUUUAAACCCGGUUUUGGCUCUAACUGCACCGGCUCUGCCUGUCUCGGAGGGGCGGCCUCGCCCGGUGAAUUGCAGGGCCUGUUCGGCGGCGGACUCGCCGUCCGGCGCCCCUCCCACGAAGACAUCAAGAAACUAGUAUUACAAGGAAUACAAGAGAAGGUCCUGUUUAAGCUGGGGAUGGACAGGGCCCCCAGGAUCAACGCUACCCAGGCUGUGCCUCAUGAGGUGUACCAGAAGGCCCUUCAAGAGCUGAAGACGACUGACCGACACAAGAUCCCCGUGAACUCCAACCUUGCUCAGGUGUCAGAGAUUAUCAGCUUUGCCGAGGCCGGAAACAGCAGUGAUAACAACGUCAUCUACUUCACGGUGUCGGGGCAGUACCAAGACGCCAACCUGGAGGUCAAGGCCGCAGAACUCUUCGUUCUAUUGCGCUACAAACGACCACCAGGGGGACAGAAGAGAUACCCAAGGCGGAUCACACUGAAGGUUUACCACAUGUAUUCAGACGAAGUCUUUGAACACACUGGCAAGGACCGGGAACUUAUCGAAACGCAUGACUUAACGAUAAGCCACACGACAUGGCAGAAAAUCACUGUACCGAAGAGUUUAGUUCAGCCAAUGUUCAAUAGCCAUUUUAAUGAUUUGAGACUGUUUAUCCAUUGCUCUGACUGCCCGAAUUUUAUUCAGCCAAUUUUGGCCAAAAAGAUGUCAAAAGGGCGCAGGAAAAGAGAUCGACUUCUGAAAAGAGUCAAGCGUGUCCGAAGCGUUUCAAGAUUACCUUUGCCAGAUUUCCAAGUCCACAAAAGAAAAAAUCUAAACAAAAGGAGGCCGUUCUUAAUUAUUCGAACUGAACAAAAACAUUCAUCUUUUUCAGACUUUUUUCGCGCCGGAAAGAAACGGCGUUCUACAGAAUGUGACCCUAAAUCUGACUGUUGUAAAAAGCAUUUGUACGUGGACUUUUCUGAGCUGGGCUGGGAUUGGAUACUUGCCCCGCCUGGUUACCAAGCCAACUAUUGCCAAGGCAACUGCGGGCUCAGUCCUUCUCCCUCCAGAUUUAUACACCACCACUCAUUUGUAGUACGGGGAUAUAAGUCUAAGAAUGCACAUAUCACACCUUGCUGCAGCCCGAAAAAGAUGAGCACGCUAUCUAUACUGUACCUAAACGAAAAUGGUGAGAUAGUUCAGAGUGACAUACCCAAAAUGAUCAUAGACGAAUGUGGAUGUGCAUAACUGUAGGAAACCGAACUUUUUUCUUUUUUUUUCUUGCUGUAACAUGAUGUUUCAGUCACGUGCGGCUGAAGAGAUCAUACUUCAUCGUCGUAAUUUUGGACAUGAAAAAACGGGUUAAUUGGUACAGAAGAACUUUGGAACCAAACAGCUAUUUUUCAUUGAGGGAUUUGCGAUAAAAAAGCUUCAUUAAAACUUCGGACUGCCAUUUUCUUCUGAAAAUGAUUGACCAUGAUGAAGCUCUGUGAAAUCUGUUGCAAAGGAGGCACUAGAUUGAACGCCACCGUGAGCAGCCAAAGGAAACGAUCAGACUGUAAAGCGUCACCAUGGCAACCUUGAUAGGUUCCUUGUUAUGAUAAUAACAUGAUGAUGAUAACAGAACACCUGCGUUACUUACAAACUAUAGAGAAAACAAUUUAUGUGACAUCUUUACAAGUCGCGCAAUGUUCAAUGUGCACUGUGAAAUUCACUGUUUACAAGAAAGAAACAUUGUAUCACUCUUAGGUGUUUCUCCCUGCCAGUAGUGUGGAGAAGCCAUGAGGAAUUCCUUUCAGUGGCUGAUCAGAAACUGAAUUUAUGUCGUUCUUGAAGUCUUCAGGUACUGGCAUUAUAGCCGAACAACCGAGAAGAGGACGCCACAUUGCGUUGAACAAAUCUGAACUAUGAAUGAAAAUACAACAUCCAGCUUAGGCCGGCAGCAAUGGCACAGAGUAUAAUUGCGAUUAGCUCUCAAAAAUCUACCGUCAUAGGAUAAAAAAGACGUGCUGAUCUGACUACACACUCUUUCAUCUAAGUCUUAAGUUUAAAGCUCAGAAUAUUUUACGUUCGGGACGUUAGGUGCCUGAACGAUAAACGUUUACACGGCCCAUUGAAUGAGUUACGGAACGCUAAGUUAUGUACAAACCAUUACCUUUUGAAGGGGCGCUCUCUAAGGGCGGUGGGUGAUACGUAUUUUGAGGACGUGAAACGUUAUUCGUGCAAAAAUCAUGUUAACAGUUUACAAAAUCAUGAACAUUUAGUGAUAUUUAUGUGUUUUUGCAUGCGCAAAGACAGUGUAACUGUUAAGACAUCAGAAAACACAGAUAGUAGUUGGAUCGUAGAUACAGUUGGGCCAUCCGAAUCACUCAGUGAUAUAUCGAUGUUUAAGUAAAGGUAAAGAUGCUUCAUGAUUUUAACCAAUUAGGAUAGGUUAUUUCACCACAUUUAAUGCAUUUUAAUUGUGCUUUCUUUGCGAAGGUCAACAGCAUGGAGUCAAUAAGUGGGCCUACGAUUGUCCACUGUUGCGAUUUUAUGAGUAGAAAAUAUAAUUAUGAAUGUUGCAAAUCUGUGGUUUGCUUUAAAUUAAUGACGUACAUUUUACGUACAACUUAACUAUGACCAAUUCUCAGUAUAUUUGUGAUAUUUAAGUUUUGCGCAAUUUAUCUAUUUUGAGACCUUGUGACGUACCAUGUAAAUAUAACUAGGUUUCAAACGUGUUAUGGUAAUUCAUCGUUUAAGGAACUUUCACCGUCGCACCAUUUGUGCAACUUUCGCACAAUCUUACUAUGACGAGUUUCCGUGAACAUUAAGUCACUUUCAGUAGUUUCCAACUGCUGUAGUUUGUUCUGCUAUUUCGGCUGCCCGCUCAAUGUGAUUAGAUUUGCUUUACAAGGCGUGUUGCUAUGGCACCGAAUAUUUGAGGGUCUUAAUGCAUACAUUUCAAACUGGGCAGUACUUCUUCUUAUAAGGGUAUUUGUACCAUAAUUCGUCAUCGUUCUGCGCACAUAUUAGCUGUUACUGAUUUUGAGAAAGUUUAUUUGCGCCGUUUAUAUAUUUUUAUGCUGAGACCAGUAGUGCAUUCUUGACGUUAAUGAAAAAGUAUACACCACGACCUGAUUAACGAAAAAUAAAGAUAAAUUGAUAAACAGAUCAACAAAUUAAUAAAUAAUGU